UGAUUGAGCCAUUUAGGUCGGGAAAAAAAAUUUAGAAGUUUAGGGUUACCGAAAAAUUUAUUUACUGUGCCUGGGGUUGGAAUGACCGGUGGCAUCCCAGGAAGAGCUGCUAUUGCAGCUAGCACUUCUCCCUUAAAAGGGCAAAAGAGCAGUGGUUGUCUUGGAAGCUAUAAAAAGCCCACACUAAUUUCUGCAGGGGAUGUGCCACCAAAAAGAUUGGCAAAACAAGGUAAGGCGGAGAAGAAACCCAGCACAUCAGAGGAUUUCUGGACCACCAGCACGUAUGACAUGGACAAUAGUGCUGUUCAGUCACAGGGAAGCAUCUCAUCAACCAGUGUAACAAACCAAGCUGCAGAUUCUCAUGGUGGUUCUUGCAACCCCACUGAAUUUGUAAAUCAUGGUCUUGUUCUUUGGAAUCAGACUCGGCAACGUUGGGUAGGAAAUAAAAGAUCUGAGAACGGAACACAACAAUUGCGAGAACCCAAAUUGAGUUGGAAUGCAACAUAUGAAAGUUUACUGGGGAACAACAAGCAAUUCCCUCAGCCUAUCCCUCUUGGGGAAAUGGUAGAUUUUCUUGUGGAUAUCUGGGAACAAGAGGGCCUGUAUGACUGACACUUAGAAGUUUGAAGGUGCUGUUUGGUUAGAUCCGUGAAAUAAUUGUAGUUUUUUCUUCUGUAGGAAGAGGAAAAUUGGUUAUGCUGCAGUUUGUAUAUUUAUUGUCUGCCUUACAUAAUUGUAUCAUAAUUUGAUUUAAUUGAUGGCUCUGGCUCUGAAGAGGGUUUGCAAAAUAUUCUCCCUUGCACGAAUAGCCACAACAUUCAUUUGCUCUUCCUUUCCUUGACAUUGAAACUUUAAAAUUUACCUGUCUGUCUCUUUGAAAAA